AUGUUGGUAGUAAUGGUUGUCCUCUCCAUUACUCUCUCCUCCGCCUCCGCGGCAAGAUCGCUCGCCGAAACCCUAGCCACGUCAUCGCAGACCCCACUUCCCGUCCUUGACGUGAACGGGAAAGUGGUCCGGUCUGGAUCCAACUACUACGUCCUGCCCGCGGUCAGCGGGGAAGGCGGCGGGGUGGCUCUGGCUAGCCUGACCAAAGAUUCGGAGAGCUGCCCGCAAACCGUGGUUCAAGAUCAAGAUGAGAUCUCUCAGGGUAUCCAGCUCACUUUUGGGCCGGUCAACAGUAAAUCUGGUUACACUGUCCGCACUUUUACCGACCUAAACGUCCGGUUCGUGGCGGACACGCCCUGCGAGGAGGGAACGGUGUGGAAGGUUGAGGACUACGACGAUGAUGUGCAGCAGUGGUUCCUUGGGACGGGUGGUGUUGAAGGAAAUCCUGGUCCGAGGACGGUGAAGAACUGGUUCAAGAUAUGGAAGGCGCAGCGACGGGAGCGGGGCGCGGCGACGGGCGCGGGGCGCGGCGACUGGCUCGGCGACUGGCGCGGCGACGGGAGCGAGGUCAACGACGGGCGCGGCGACGCGGAGCGAGGUGCGGCGACUGGCUCGGCGACUGGCUCGGCGCGAGGAUCUGGCCUCCAUGCAGAGGAAGAAGAGUCGAAGGAGUUAACUGAGGAGGAGAGGUGA